CGCGUUGAGACCUGCGCCGAUCUAUUAGUGCAUACGAUGUCCAUUUUGUUAGGCUUUCGGGUGUCACAAAAACGUUCCCAGUGUUCGUCCUACUUGCAAAGCCCUCUACGCGCGCCCCCGCCUCUCUCGUUAUAGACAACAAAGCCAAACGUCUUCCAUAACAGCGAAGGCUGGAGACUUGAGGAGCAACCGUUUUUUUCCGGGCACCAUCGAGCUGAAUAUGGAUUUACAGUGGGUGUAAGCAUUGCUGGAGACCGAGCCUUCUCGGCUGGGGGCAGCGACGAGCGUAAACAACGUUUUGUGUUGCUGUUUCGGGGGUGCUUUUGUCUCGUAGACCUAACCACAGCAAUCCUAUUCACUGGAGCCGUUUCGAGUGCACGAUAUUCGGCUAGUGGCUCGGCUAACUGCCGUCAGGAUGCAUCAUCGUGUUGUCAUCGACAAGUAGCCGCUAGGGCGACGGACCAUAAGGGAAACGCCGAAAGAGCACCCCGACCCCCAGUUCCUUCGAGGUCCCAACGGGUCCUCGCCGUGGACCCGAAUCCGUUUGAGCCACAGUAGCGGAGCCCCACUGUUGUCGGCGAUAUGGCGGAGCAAGGCUACUCAUCUUGGGCGUACUCUUUAGUCGACUCCAGCCAGGUGUCCACCUUUCUCAUCUCCAUUCUUCUCAUCGUUUAUGGCAGUUUCAGGUCAUUAAACAUGGACUGUGAAAACCAAGAGAAGGACAAAGACGGCAACCCUACUACAACGGGGUCCUUCAACAACAGCAACACAAACAACAGUAUUCAGACUAUAGACUCGACACAGGCACUGUUCCUACCCAUAGGAGCCUCCGUGUCUCUGCUAGUCAUGUUCUUCUUCUUUGACUCGGUCCAGGUGGUCUUCACCAUCUGCACAGCAGUGCUCGCUACAAUUGCUUUUGCUUUCCUCUUGUUGCCAAUGUGCCAGUAUCUGACUAGGCCCUGCUCACCACAGAACAAGAUUUCAUUCGGCUGCUGUGGCCGCUUCACUCUGGCAGAGCUUCUGUCCUUUUCCCUCUCUGUCAUGUUGGUGCUCAUCUGGGUGCUGACCGGACAUUGGCUCCUCAUGGAUGCAUUAGCCAUGGGCUUGUGCGUGGCCAUGAUCGCCUUUGUGCGGUUGCCCAGUCUGAAGGUGUCGUGCCUGCUGCUGUCGGGGCUGCUCAUCUAUGACGUGUUCUGGGUGUUCUUCUCGGCCUACAUCUUCAACAGCAACGUGAUGGUCAAAGUCGCCACACAACCUGCAGAAAACCCCAUUGACGUCCUGUCCAGGAAGCUGCACCUGGGGCCAGGGAUGGGGCGUGACGUCCCCCGCCUAUCCUUACCUGGAAAACUGGUCUUUCCCAGCUCCACAGGAAGUCACUUCUCAAUGCUGGGAAUCGGAGACAUUGUGAUGCCCGGGUUGCUCUUGUGCUUCGUCCUGCGCUACGACAACUACAAGAAGCAAGCGAGCGGGGAGCCGUCCGGACCAGGGAACAUGUCGGGACGUAUGCAGCGGGUCUCCUAUUUCCACUGCACUCUCAUUGGAUACUUUGUAGGUCUUUUGACGGCCACCGUGGCAUCCAGGAUCCAUCGCGCUGCUCAGCCUGCUCUGCUCUACCUGGUGCCCUUCACCCUGCUGCCUCUGCUCACUAUGGCCUACCUGAAGGGGGAUUUGCGGCGCAUGUGGUCUGAGCCCUUCCAUGCCAAGCCCACCUCCCGUUUCCUGGAGGUAUGAUGCACUCGGCCAAUUAACAAGCAGGGGAAGGACGGCGGACCCCCCUUUCCCAUGGAAGAGCGGGGACGGAAGGGUGGGGAGAGUAGAGGGGUACCCUCACAGCGAGGCCACGUCGUCACCACUCGUUCAUGCGUUCCACCGAUGUCUGCGGAGACCACCCUCCAACCCCCACCUCAGAAGGACACAAGUAUGGGAGUGUUUGUGACAGCACACAACACAUCUUCCUCCUCAUCAUCAUAGCACAUCCUGCUAGUCUUUCACUUCCCCUCCUUCCCGUCUUUCCGCCGCAUUGAUUUGUCACAUGAGAUCACAUGACCUCCCCCCUGUCCCCCCCUCCGUUUGUGGACUUACAUUUGUGAGACAUUGGGGGUGAUAUAUAUUUUUUUAGCAUUGUCGUGGUCAUUACACUUGACAUUAUUAAUAUUAUUUCGGAGCGAUGUCAAACAAGCACGGAGUGUCGCCGUGGAGACGGGAGGGGGCCGCGCACUGAACGGGAGGAGGGGAGCAUACACAUACAGUGGUCGUCCUCCUCUCUGGUCAUUUGCUGUAUCCUCGCUCACCCAUCCACACAGACAAUGUAUUUUAUUUAGAAAAGGUUUUUAUUCUCUGCGUAUACAGAAAAUGAUGCAUUGUUAAAUUGCGAAGCACACUCCCGGCAGGCGUGGCUUCCGUUUGUAUAGAAGUGUACACAUGUAUUUUUGCCAUCUUUUGAGUUAGUAUUUGAGCGCAUGCUGAGCAACAGGUGGGUUUAAAACUAACAGCCGGUUGACUUGUGAACCCUUUGUGUGUUUUGCUUGUGUGAAAACACAGGUAAAAAGAAAGCAAAGUCCAUCAAUGUCAGCAGUUGUUGGUGUCCCACUCCUGUUCUUAAGUGUGCGCGUGUGCGUGUGUAGAGGGGUGUGAUGACGUGUUUUUAUUUGCUUUUAAUUUAGACUGGCUGUGACAAUAGUCAGGUUGGCAUCAACAAGGGCGGAAUGCUCCAACUCACCAGUGUAAUUAUUAUUUUUUUUUUUUUUGUAAAAUAUGUACUAAAUUGCGGUUUUGUUUUUCAAAGUAAGGGGGACAAGUCAAGACAGGUGGAAAUGUAAACAGUGUUUUUUUUAUACAUAUAUAUAUAUAUUAUGAUGUUUCUUCAAAUAAAUGAAUGUUGAACUGAAUUGUGAAGGUAUGUUACAUUCUUACAGGAGACCUUUUUGUCCCAUUUGUCUCUUAACAAUUUUUUUUUUUUUUUU